AUGGAAGCUGUGCACGGCGUCGAGUCCCUCGCCGGCGGAGAUGGCCGGCAUCAUGUUUCCCGUACCCUUGGGACUGCCCUGCUGAUCUCGGUGGGGUACAUCGAUCUCGGCAAGUGGGUGACGGCGGUCGAUGCCGGCGCUCGCUUCGGGUACGACCUCGUGCUGCUGGUGCUUUUCUUCAACUUCUCGGCGGUUCUCAAUCAGUAUCUGUCCACUUGUAUCGGCAUGGUCACCGGCAAGAAUCUUGCAGAGAUUUCCAGCCAGGAGUAUAGCCAGUUCAUAUGUGUUGGCCUUGGUCUCCAGGCAGGGAUGUCUUUAUUUACUUCAGAACUAACCAUGAUUUUGGGCAUAGCAGUUGGAUACAACCUUGUGUUUGAUGUGGAUGAUUUUAUCACGGCUAUUAUUUUUGCAUGUGUUGUAAUUAAUGUAUUGCCAUAUCUUUUAUCCCCCAGGGACAAGAGGAUGGCUGGAACGUUAAAUGCAUGCAUAGCUGGCUUUACGAUUCUUUGUUUUGUGCUUGGUUUAUUAAUCAGUCAACCAGAGAUUCCUCUCCAUGUGAAUGUGAUGUUCCCUAAGUUGAGUGGAGAAAGUGCUUACUCACUGAUGGCACUUAUGGGUGCAAACAUAAUGUCACACAAUUUUUAUGUUCAUUCGUCCAUUGUUCAGGUUCAGAGGGCUCAUGUUCAUACCCUGGGUGCCCUGUUUCAUGACCACUUUUUUUCAAUAUUAUUUACUUUUACUGGGGUUUUUCUUGUGAACUAUGUUCUGUUGAGCUCAGCAGCAGCGGAAUCUAGUCACAAUGUGAUCCACACCUUUCACGACGCUGUCGAGCUAAUGAACGAGAUAUUUACGAGUUCCAUGGCACCACUUGUGUUGUUGGCGGUUCUUCUCUUUUCAAGCCACAUCAUCGCACUAACAUCUGUUAUCGCUAGCCAUGUAGUUACAGAGCAUUUCUUUGGCGCCAACCUGUCUCUGGUUGUGCAUCAUGUGCUACUUAAGCUUAUUUCCAUGAUCCCUGCUAUCUAUUUUGCAAAGGUAGCAGGCUCUGAAGGGGUAUAUCAGUUAAUCAUUCUAUGUCCAGUAAUCCAGGCGUUUACCCUGCCUUCAUCUGUUAUUCCUGUUUUCCGCAUCGCCUCAUCAAGUUGGAUAAUGGGAAACUACAGGGUGUCUCUACGUGUUGAAAUAUUAGCCUUCCUUGCAUUUUGUCUUACGUUGUUUAUAAAUAUCAUCUUCGCGGCGGAGAUCCUGUUCGGCGAUAGCGCCUGGACAAACAGCCUGAAAGGGAACACUGAAACCCCUGUGCUAAUUCCACAUACUGUACUAAUCCUAAUGUCUUGUGCAUCUAUUGCUUUUGCACUCUUCCUGGCUGUUACCCCACUGAAAUCAUCAAGUAGGGAAGCCGAAACUCAGGAGUUGUGUGUGCACUCUCAAAGAGAAGCACCUGAAGAAAUUCAAAGAGUCAACAGUCAACACCAAAUGAAGAGCGCAACUCAGAAAGGUGUUGAAGUAGAAGCAGAUGUUUGCACCGACAAGGAUAAUGGGACUUGA